AAUGUUAAUGGACGACGUAAGAAAAGUAAGAAAGGACCUGAUAAUCUUCCUACAGGCCAAUAUACACCACCACCACCACCUGUUACCACAACUCUUCAACCAGCUACUACAAAUAUUCCUCCCCCUCCCAGAUCAAUUAUUUCACUACCAAAUUCAUUUUUCAUGCCUCCACCGUCUGACCAGUUCCACACCUCUUCAUCCCAAAAUAGUCUGCAUAGUAGCUCUUCAUCUGUGCCUUUGAUAUCAUCCGUACCAAGCCUUUCUAGAUUAAGAGUUAGAGGUCCUAACACACCUACAUCGCCAUCCAUUGAUAGUGCUACAGCAGCUGCUUCUCAGAAUUUGCAAUUUAAAGAGGUAUUAGAAUAUGACAAGGUUGGGAGGCUACGAAUCGUCCCUUAUUGUGAUGGGUUCCUUCCAGCAUAUGUUGCCGGGCAUAUGGUUAUAGAAGCAAUUAAACCAUUUUUCAAAAAGCCGUGGAAUAGUUGGUUAGAGAUUCCAUGGGAAAUUAGAAUUGACAUUUGGAAACAGUCUAUGGCAAAGUGUUCAUGGAGUGAUUGUCAUGAUAAUGAAAUAGACCACAUUUUUCGGUUGAAAGCAGCUUGUAUGAGGCCCAAAGGAAAUUGGUAAAACCUGGUUGGUUGAAUGAUGAAAUGUGGACUCAGUUCUUGAUAUUAUGGGACACUUCUGAAUAUAAGGUGAAGAGGGAACGAGGAAAAGUAAAUCGAGCCUCUGAAACGGGUGGCUCGCUGCACACCGGAGGUUCGAUGAGUUUUGCUACCCACCAACGAAGACUGUGAAUGAGAUUCUGCAAAAAAGUCCAAGUUUGCUAAGUUUGAGGCGUUAGUCAAGGAGAGCAUAUGCCGCAAGUAUUUGAGGAUGGGGAAGAUAGUGAAUCAGAUGAUUAGAUUGUAGUGGUUGGUUUCUGUUUAUGAUUGUUACAUUUAGAUUUAAACUAUUAGAAUUGGUGUUUGUUUUGGAUUGUAACGUUUAGACUUGUCUUGAAAUGCUUAAACUAUUUGAUUCCGCUAUUUGUUUUGGAUGUUUAA